UUCAACUGAUAAAAUGUUUCGCCACCGUGAUCCGAAUCAAUCCACACAACAAGUGCGUUCAAACGGCUUCUCCAUGCAGUGCUGACUUCUGAAGUUUAUUGCAGGAACAACGUCGUUUCAUAUUCUGGAUAUCACUCGCGUACUUCGAAGGACUUUUCCCUCCACGAAGUUUUCUGAGGACGUAUUACAUUGACAUCUCCAGCCUAACAGAUAACGGGUAGCACCUGACCUGAAAGAGAUUGCUGUAACUCUAAAUCCACCGUUAAUUCCACCGUUAAGUGGCCAACUUGCCGUUUCUUAGGCAUUCGGGACAUGGCCGCCUUAGCAGGGGGCAUUCCCAGGAUGGUGCGCCCCACGCCACCCCAAAACUAUCCAAGAGGGGGCUAUUCGCUCGAAGUUUCCACACCAUUAGGCCAGGGCCGAGUAAACCAGCUCGGUGGUGUGUUCAUUAACGGACGCCCGUUGCCCAACCACAUUCGCCAUAAGAUUGUAGAAAUGGCGCAUCACGGGAUCCGACCGUGCGUCAUCUCGCGCCAGCUGCGCGUCUCACACGGCUGCGUGUCUAAAAUCCUGUGCAGGUACCAAGAGACGGGAUCCAUCCGGCCUGGAGCUAUCGGAGGUAGCAAGCCGAAGCAGAACACGAGUCCCGACGUGGAUAAGAAAAUCGAAGAAUACAAGAGAGAGAACCCAGGAAUGUUCAGUUGGGAGAUACGAGACAAGCUGCUGAAAGACGGCAUCUGUGAUAGAAACAACGUGCCCUCAGUCAGCUCGAUCAGUCGCAUACUGCGCUGUAAGUUUGGCGGAAAUGGGGAGGAUGAGGAAGAUGAUGACGAAGUUGAGAAGAGGGAGCUUGAAGAAAAUGAAAGACGUGCGAAACACAGCAUCGAUGGCAUUCUCGGAGACAGAUCGAGUCAUUCAGAUGAGGGUUCAGAUGUAGACUCAGAGCCAGGUCUGCCCCUGAAAAGAAAACAGCGUCGCAGUCGCACGACAUUCACUGCCGAGCAGCUUGAAGAGCUGGAGAGAGCUUUUGAGCGCACACAUUAUCCCGACAUCUACACACGCGAGGAGCUUGCCCAAAGAGCCAAACUUACUGAGGCGAGAGUACAGGUGUGGUUUAGCAACAGGCGGGCACGCUGGAGGAAGCAGGCAGGAGCCAAUCAGCUGAUGGCAUUUAAUCACCUGAUUCCAGGAGGAUUCCCGCCAUCGGCAAUGUCGAGCCUACAGCCUUACCAGCUUCCAGAAAGUCCUUACUCAGCUUCCUCCAUCCCACAAGCAAUGUCAGAACAGGCCAGCACAGUGCACAGGCCCCAGCCUCUUCCACCAACUUCAGUACACCAGAGCAGUCUGGCCACUGCUCCGGGAGGCCAGGAUGCUACUUCAGCAUACUGCCUGUCUUCAGGCCGUCACGGCUUCUCAGGCUACUCAGAUGGCUUUGUGCCUGCACCAAGCCAUUCUAACCCAGUCAACCCCGCUAUCAGUAACGGCCUCUCAACACAGGUGAUGGGACUAUUGAACCCAGGAGCUGUGCCUCACCAGCCGCAGGGAGACUUCUCUCUCUCUCCUCUCACUGGUCCUUUGGAGCCCAGUGCUGGAAUGGCUGCCAGCUGCCACUCAUCACAGAGACUGGAGUCUCUGUCCGGACUGGCCAGCAUGCCUUCUCUGCCCAGCUCACAGUCUUACUGCCCACCCAGCUACAGCUCGCCAGCCUACAGCGUUGACCACAUGGCUCCAUACCAAUACAGCCAGUAUGGGCAAAGUAAGGUGCCUUUCAUUAUCUGAAGCCAAACAUCAGCUGAGCAGGAAGAGGUGAACAGGAGAAAAGAGGAAAAGCUCUGGAAACUGAGAGAAACCACCUGCUCUUUAGCUCUUCUGCUGAUCUCUGACCUCCACUUCCAGAUCCAUGCCUACCCACAAUCCCCCCGGCAUUAGGGCAGUUCCAAUUCAGCCAUUCCACUCAUCCAUGCUGGGUUGAUUGCCAAUCUGGAUGAUUCAGGUUUAGUGUGGAUAAUGAGGACCAAAGGCCUGCUGUGGUUAGCACUCCAUUCCGUGUCUUCAAAUGUCUCCCAACACAAACCCUACACACCCAUUCCCAAAGAACGCCACAGAAGCAGUGAGGGAGACUGGAGGUGGACAAGAACUUAAAAAAAAAUAAAUAAAUGCAAAAACAAAAAAACAAAAAACAAACAAUUAAAGACUGAUAAAGACUGGAUAUUUAACCUGAAAUAACCAGCAGGGAAGUAUGUAGGGUCAGGUAGUAAUGAAAUGCCUUCAUCUUUUAGGCAAAAGUUGUAACUUCACAUUAUGCCAUCAUCAUGAGAGCUUGUUGUUUGACUUGUGCUGUGUUUGGGGAAAUAAGAAAUAAGGGCUCCUUUUUUGUGUGGGGUGUGUGUAUCAUCAACUUCUCCUACAUUAUUCACAAAUGUUUGUGUGUGUGUGUGUGCGCGUGUGUGUGUGUGUGUGUGAGAGAGAGAGAGAGAGAGAGAGAGAGAGAGAGAGAGAGAGAGAGAGAGAGAGAGAGAGAGAGAGAGAGAGAGAGAACAAAUUAACUGGUUCCAAUGCCCUCAAGUGUCUGAUGGAAUUUCACAUGUCAGACAUAUCAAUGAAAGAAGGAUGAGUCACACACGCCUGUACAAUUACAUUAUAGUUAAAAGUAGACACUCAUACCUAAAAGCAACUAAAUUUCCAUUGUGUGAAGACAUAUUAAAUAUUUGCCAUAGGAGAAAAGAGGGGAGAGAAGGAUAUAGUGUAUGAGAGAAAGUAAAGACUAAAGUAGCACAAACUGAAAUCCAAAGAAAGUGCAAUAUACACAAUUUAUACCUCAUACACCAAUCUCUUGAUUUAGUCAUUUACAUGUAGCUUGUGAGGGAGCAAUAGGGAGACCUAUAGGGAGACCUUUCCUAACAAACAUUAUGAAACACUACAAAAAUAGCACUCAGAGACAGUAGUUGUGGACCCUGAACUGGAAAAAGGUAUUUCCAUUCAGCAGGACUCAGGUCUGCUAAAUCUUAGUCUCUUAACACUUUUCAGACUCCAUAAUCUGCCGCCUGAGUUCUGUAAGGUCUUUUAAAUUAUCAGCAUAUUCCUGCCAAUUGAGGCAAAAUUGAGGCAAAAUAAAAUGUGGUGUACAAGAGACUUAAUUUAAAAUGGGGACAUUCUGCAUAAUCUCAACUGACAAGCAAAAGGCAGAAAAAGGUGUGUAUUGCUGCUUUAACAAAUAAUAAACCAUCUUAUAUUUUAUAUGAUCUAAUUGGCAUAAAGGAAACAUGAUCAGACAAUUAAUUUUCUGUCUUACAUCACACAAAGAAAUAUAAAUUUUCCCAUUUCUUAGAUGACCCAUUUUGAUUGUCAAAUUGAGAAAUAAGUACUGUGUGCCUAUAACACAAUGCCACCUGUUUUUAAGUCUUAAAUUCCAUGCCUAAGGUUAUUUUUUACAUCUGCUUUUUAUACUUAUAUGAUUUUUUUCUUUAUGACUGCAUUCAGUUGUUGUUGCAAAAUGUCUUGUGUCAAAUGCAGCACUA